UAUCACAGAUUUUGAAAUCAGAACCAUGUACGCGGUGGGCGUGCGGCGAGCUUUAUUGGCCUUUGCCGGAUAUUUACCUCUUCCGUUACCAACAGCGAAUAUGAAAAUCGGGAUUUUGCUGUGGAUGGUAUACAGCAGAAACCAGCACAUAUCAGCCAGGCUGAAGCUACUGAAUUGAUUAAGAACUAGCUGAAUUAUGUGCAGCUUACAGAUAACAUUAAGACUCGAAUUUAUCCUCGUAUAAACAUUUCGGAUCGAAUCUAGUUAUCCUUGUGUGUGGAUAAGAGCUUUGGCCUGUCUGUUUUGUCUUUGUAGAAACACAUUCAAAAACGCGUCAAAACCCAUGCUAAAGAUGUAUGUAGUGUUGCGUCACAACUAAUCCUCGAAAUAUAGUCGUCGACGAGCGAUAGGCUUGAAUGGUCGUUCAGAUUCGAAGUAUUGCGCCUUCGGUGAAACCGGUGAACUUCCAAAUCAGCGAAAUAAUCUUAUCAGGCUACUGUCAUGAUCAUCGCAGAUACCAUCAUGCAGAUAUCGACCCAUCAGAAGAGAAUAGUCUGCUGUACUUCAGCUUCUUUCAGCUCCACUGUCCACGAAGCAACCCUCGUAUCCUGUGUUUCCUUUGAUGAGCCAAUGCCAUUGGUCUUAGUUGAGCCGCAUAACCAUCACACAGCAAGGGCCCAGGCCGUAUCACGCAUUUCUCACAAUCAAACUACCGUAUUUCCCAAC